GUGGCACCGAAAAAGAGGGACGCUACCACUUCCCGGCAGGCAAACCCAGUGGAGGAGCAGUGGAUCAGGAGGAUGUCGGAGCAGCAGAGCGCCCCGGAGCAGCUGGCUGCUGGGAAGAGCCAGGGUGGAGCUGGAGCCACAUACAAGGUGGUGCUGUAUGAGUUCGAAAACUUCCAGGGCUGCAAGGCAGAGUUCUCUGCAGAGUGUAAAGAUGUGACAGAGAAGAGUCUGGAGAAGGUCGGCUCUGUGAUCGUGGAGUCAGGACCCUGGGUGGGCUACGACCGGCACGGGUUCACGGGGGAGCAGUUCAUCCUGGAGAAGGGCGAGUAUCCACGCUGGGACACCUGGACCAACAGUCAGAACAGCUACUCCCUCCUUUCCCUACGGCCUCUCAAAGUGGACAGUGCCGAUCACAAACUACAACUGUAUGAGAACCCCGGGUUCAGCGGCAGGAAGAUGGAGAUUGUUGACGACGAUGUGCCUAGUUUGUGGGGUCAUGGUUUUCAGGAUCGUGUAGCAAGUGUCAAGGCUCUAAACGGAACAUGGGUGGGCUACAUGUACCCGGGCUACAGGGGUCGCCAGUUUAUCUUCGAGCAGGGAGAUUUCAAGCACUGGAACGACUGGGAGGCGCCUCUGCCGCUCAUCCAGUCGGUCCGACGCGUGCGGGACAUGCAGUGGCACAAGAGGGGCUGUUUCACCGUUCCCGACCCGGCUCCGGCCCCGGCUCCGGGCCCCGGCCCCGGUCCGGAGCCCGACCCCGCCCCGGCUCCCCCUGCCCCUCCUGCUUCGGCCGGAGCCAGCUGA